GAGGAGGAGGAGGAGUGAGGGAGGCUGAGCCAGCCUGCAUUAGCUCAGCUCUCAGGCACUCUUAGUCUCUGCUGGAAAGAGGAGCUGGGAGGAUGUGCGCUCUGGUACUGCGGCUCCCCACGGCACGCCGAGAAGACCGAGAGAAAUAAGGGAAGCAAAGCCAACCGAGAGACGAGGAGUCCUCCCAGAUCAAGCUUAGGGGCCGCCCGGGGGAAGGGAGCCCGUCUAUUGCCCGUCCGAAGCCCCCGCGCCGUGCUGGAAGUGCCAGAGAUUUGGGCCUUUUCCUUUUCUUCUGCGUGGUUCCCUUCCACAGACCAAGCUUUCUGCCUCCUCCUGCUUUUUACUUCCCUCCCCCGCGCCUCCUUUUCGGUGGAUAUGGACAGAAGGGUGAUCGCUGCAGAGAAGCCGCAGCCGCCAGCACAUAUUUGAGCCGCUGGUGCUGGGAGCGUGGCACAGACUUUUUGUGUUUCUGUGGGUGGCGUGUGCGUGAGUGUGCGAGUGAGUGUGUACGGUGGAGGUGUGGGAGGCGGGAUUGGUUUGCCUGCGGGGUUGGCUGAGGGGGUAAGUGUUCGGAUGAAGACCUCUUUUUGCCGUGACUCUCUGCUCCAUCGGGGCAGCUUGGAGACUUGGAGGGUUUGAAAUUGUAACGAAGAAAGAGAAAAGAAAGAAGAGAGAGAGAGACACGCAUACAAAAGGAUUUAUUUCCUAUUCGUUAGUGGAUUGUUGAACCUGAGUGGGAAGGCGAAAGAAACAAGGAAACUAAAAAAUGGAGACUGUAAGUAGAAGCAGCUUCCAGCCUCAUCCAGGACUGCAGAAGACCUUGGAACAGUUUCAUCUGAGCUCUAUGAGCUCCCUGGGUGGCCCUGCUGCUUUCUCAGCACGAUGGGCACAGGAGAUGUACAAGAAAGACAAUGGCAAAGACCCAACAGAACCUGUACUGCAUCUUCCCCCUAUCCAGCCUCCUCCGGUAAUGCCUGGUCCCUUCUUCAUGCCCUCGGACAGAUCCACAGAGAGGUGCGAGACCAUCCUGGAAGGAGAAACCAUCUCCUGCUUCGUGGUGGGUGGAGAAAAGCGGCUUUGCUUGCCCCAGAUCCUGAACUCGGUGCUCAGGGACUUCUCCCUGCAGCAGAUUAAUUCGGUGUGUGAUGAGCUGCAUAUUUACUGCUCCAGAUGCACUGCUGACCAGCUGGAAAUCCUCAAAGUCAUGGGCAUCCUGCCCUUCUCUGCUCCUUCCUGCGGGCUCAUCACUAAAACUGAUGCUGAGAGGCUUUGUAACGCCUUGCUUUAUGGUGGCACCUACCCUCCCCACUGCAAGAAGGAAUUCUCUAGCACAAUUGAGCUGGAGCUUACAGAGAAGAGCUUCAAGGUGUAUCAUGAGUGCUUUGGGAAGUGUAAGGGACUCUUGGUGCCAGAGCUUUACAGCAACCCCAGCGCAGCCUGCAUUCAGUGCUUGGACUGCAGACUUAUGUACCCACCUCACAAAUUUGUGGUCCACUCUCACAAAUCUCUGGAAAACAGGACUUGCCACUGGGGCUUUGACUCUGCAAACUGGAGAUCCUAUAUCCUCCUUAGCCAGGAUUACACUGGGAAAGAGGAGAAGGCUAGGCUGGGCCAGCUUUUAGAUGAAAUGAAAGAAAAAUUUGACUAUAACAACAAAUACAAGAGGAAAGCCCCCAGGGUCCCUUCAGAUCCUCCUGCUUCCAAGAAGCCGAAAAUAGAUGACUCUGCUUCCCAAGCUCCAGCUUCUUCUGAGAAGGAAAAACAGUCCAGCUGGUUACGGUCCUUAUCCAGUUCAUCUAACAAGAGCAUCGGCUGCGUCCACCCCCGGCAGCGUCUCUCCGCCUUCCGGCCAUGGUCCCCGGCGGUGUCUGCCAACGAGAAGGAGCUCUCCUCCCAUCUCCCUGCCCUCAUCCGAGACAGUUUUUACUCCUACAAGAGCUUUGAGAAUGCUGUGGCCCCCAACGUGGCACUUGCACCUCCAGCCCAACAGAAAAUUGUCAGCAACCCCCCCUGUGCCACCGUGGUGUCCCGAAGCAGUGAGCCCCUCAGCACUACUGUGCAGCCACGGAAAAGGAAAAUUGCUGCAGAGAACACAGCUGUCCCAGAGCCAGCAGCCACUGUUGCAACCACAGCCACUGCCCCUGAGGAGGAUAAGGAAUCAGAAGCUGAAAUUGAAGUAGAAACCAGGGAAGAAUUCACCUCCUCCUUGUCCUCCCUCUCCUCCCCAUCCUUUACUUCAUCCAGCUCUGCCAAGGACAUGAGCUCUCCCGGGAUGCAGGCCCCAGUCACAGUCAGCAGUUCAUAUGAGGUUGCAGCACACUCUGACUCUCACAGCAGUGGCUUGGAAGCUGAGCUGGAGCACCUCAGGCAGGCCCUGGACAGUGGCCUGGAUACAAAAGAAGCCAAAGAGAAAUUCCUCCACGAAGUUGUGAAAAUGAGAGUGAAGCAGGAGGAGAAGCUGAACGCUGCCUUGCAAGCCAAGCGCAGUCUGCAUCAGGAGCUGGAGUUCCUGAGAGUGGCAAAGAAAGAGAAACUGAGAGAAGCAACGGAGGCAAAGCGCAACCUGAGGAAAGAGAUCGAGCGGCUGCGGGCGGAGAACGAGAAGAAGAUGAAGGAAGCAAACGAGUCGCGGGUGCGGCUGAAGCGGGAGCUGGAGCAGGCCCGGCAGGGCAGGGUGUGUGACAAGGGCUGUGAGGCAGGAAGGCUCCGGGCCAAGUACUCAGCACAGAUUGAGGACCUGCAGGUGAAGCUUCAGCACGCAGAGGCUGACAGGGAGCAGCUCCGAGCUGACCUGAUGCAUGAAAGGGAGGCUCGGGAACACUUGGAAAAAGUAGUCAAGGAACUUCAGGAACAGCUGUGGCCUAAAUCCAGCAGUCAAGGCAGCAGUGAGAACACAACGAGCAGCAUGGAGAACUAACCCAGCCCUCACCUGGCACAGGGAGUGAGAGCUGCACAGUAAGGGAGGACGUGUGGGGUAGGUGUGUAAGUGCAUGUGUGACAGUGGGAUCUGGGCACACAGAGCUAUCAGGAUGGAUUCUCAUCAGCUGGGAGGCAAAUGUAGAACAGAAGCACUGAUUUACGCCUCUUUUAUUUUUUUCCAACCCGUAUAGCACAACAUCUCACUGUGCCUCUGAAACACAAAGUGUUUAUAAACAAAAUACUUUUAAGUCCGCAGCAAAUUUUCUACUGGCAAACUCCAAGCAAGCAGCAUCGUCCAACUAAAAUCCGAGCAAAAGGCAAGCAUGGCAGUGUUUUUAUGUUGCCCUCCUGCCUGAUGGAACAUUUUGGAAUUAAAAAAACAAACUUUUCUUAUAAGCUAUUUAAGAUAAUUCAUUACACAGACUUGGUAUUAAAAAAUUAACAAGAUUUUUAUAAUGAACCUUUAAAAGCAAAACAAAAAAAUCCUUCGAUGCACAAUUUUUAAUGACUUGUUACAGGCUUUGGGAUUCUUCAUGCAGAAGCCCUCUGGUGAUGAUGCCAUUUCAUUAGCAGUUUUCCAGCCAACUAGGAAGCCAUCACAGUUCUAAUCCCAUCACGUGGUUGUAUGAGAAUUUCAGAGUGCUUUUCACAGUUGAUUUCUCCUUAGAAAGAAUUAUCUUCAUUUCCUGUCCUGAACACAAGAAGAAAGGAAGAUGCAGGAUCAGAAAGGGGUGGGGUGGGAGUGUGUGGGGAGGAGAAGGUGGAUGCUUUAGGGUGACAAACCAGCCUUACAGCUGCCAGGGUUUGCAAAUCAUCCCAUCUUUUUCUAAGGACAUCUUCAUUAAUUGAUGUGUUCAAAAGACUCACUUCAUCCAAGAGCACUUCAGCUUUAGGAAAAGAAAGAAGGAAAUAAAGGAAGGAAAUGGAUGAUCUGUUAAGUUUGCCCAGAAAUGAAGCAGAAGACAUUGGUCUGCUGAAGUCAGUCUGAAACCUUUCCUCCAGCUCUCUGGCAGCCUCAUCCUCCUUGUGCCAUCGUACCAUGAGUCCAGUAUUUCCCUGCUUGUCACCUCUCAGCCAGGAUUCCCCUGCCCAAGGAGAGUGCAACGUCACGGUAAUGGAUACUGCAGACAAGAUGAGUAUUUUUGCUGCUGUGAAUAAGCCUACAUCUUUAUAAAACAAAACAAAACUUUUUUGUUUUUUUAAGAAAUUAAUUUUGGGAUCCAAGCCGCAGCCCCGGAAUAAAAAUGCAGCAUGCCAUCACUUGGUCUUAUUGUUGGUGUUGUUAUUGUUGUUGAGUUUAAAAAAAACAAACCAAACCACCCUGUGCUUUGUCAGAACCAUGCUCUGCAUUUCAGGCCAUAUUUCUAAAGUUAACAGUUGGAGCAUUCUAGAGUCCUGCCCAACAGAUGUGACAGUCACCCAUCUGCUUCUCCACCGUGUUGGCUCCUUGCAUCACCAUUUUUACCUUCAUGCAGAGUGAGGAUUCAGCAGUCACAGAAUGCCACCAAACAGGAAUUCACCAGAGCAAUGAGUUUUAAACCUGUUUUGUAUCUACCCAGAGCUGGGGAGCAGUAGAGAAGCUCCCGAAGUGCUUCAGAAAUAAAGUUGGUGCUUUAGUGAACAAGAGAAAAGUUCUUUUCACCCAUAAACAUUCACCUCUUCCUUGAGCUUAGCAGCAUGAAGUGAAAACCUGACCUGGGGCUGCAGAUGUGCCUUCCAGCUCAUCUUUCCUCUCAGCAUCUUCUAUAGGCAAUGCUGACAUUUUUUUUACCUUAAGGAAUAAAAGUUUUAAAAAUUUUAAAAAAGAGAAAACCCUAUGCAUCAUCAUACACACGAGUUAUUCUAAACAAAGAAAUGUAUUUCCAGUAAUCUUUGUUUGCUUUUGGAUAUUAAUGCAAACUAUGUAACCUUCAAAAUUAUUUCCCAGUAGACAGAAAGCGGCUUCCAACCCUAAAAUUAUUCUAUUUACUUCCACUUCAUUUGAGAUUUUUUUUUUUUUUUAAACAAGAGCUGUUUGCUUGAAACUAUUAUAAUAACCAUUAUAAUAACUGUGAGCAUUAACAAAGAAGUUCAUGUGUAAGUUUUAGGUACAAAAAAAAAAAAAAAAAAAAAAAAAAAAAAAAAAAAAAAGAAGAAAUAUGAAAGGAGUAGAAUUAGUGGGACAGGGGUGUAAACCAGUUGGGAGCAAGAGCAGCUCUGCUGAGUGGAUGAGAUGAAACUGUCCCUUCAGGCAGGGUCACCCCAGGGGGUUGGGAUGCUGGAGACCCACUCUAGGUGCAGAUCUCCUCUUCUAAAGUGCAAUGCAAAAGGAAUUUUGAUUAUGCUUAAGCAGGUUUUGUUUUUUUUAGUUUUGUUUUUUUUCUCCCUGUUUUUUUUUUUAAUGUGGUUUUGUUUUUUCUGCUUCUUUGUAUGUUUUUUUUUUUUCUGCAAUUAUUAAAUCAUAUGCAUGGAAUUAAAAUCUCUGCCAUACGUAUAUUCAUUAAUGGGCAUUAUUACUGUCUUAUGUAAAGGGUUUGUUUUGUUAUGCAGAAAAAUGUUCUCAGCCUUAUGAUUUCCAGAUCUGUAUUACUCACUUAUUUCUUCAAGGGAAACUAAAGGAUUUUAGCUGUAGUUGAUCAUUGUGCAUUUCUGUGCUGUGCUUCACGCUCAGGAAUUACACAGAGAGCAACUGAUCCCCACCCCACUGGCAGCUUUGUGCAGCCUUAACUUUGACAAGUUUGUUUGGGGUUUUUUUUCCCCUCAUUUUGGUUGUGUCUCUCCCCUGAUGGCUCAGCCAACAACGGCAGCAUCUCCAGCUCUGCUUUUCCCUCAGUUUUCCCUCCCUGUGUGCCCGUGAAGCUCAAGUGAUGCUUUUAUUCCCCAGAAUUACUGAAAUCUGAUUUUUCCUUUUCCUCAAAGGAAAAAAAAACAAACCAAAAAACAGUGAUCAGUCUUAAAAAUAGCAAAAAGUCUUUAUCAAGCCCCAGGGCUCCAUGGAAAUGGGUAAGAUUUGCCAGAAAGUGUCCAAAAUGAAGUUACAAUUAUUGUGCAGCCACUGCUGCUCCUGCCAGGCAGGUGGGAAUUUCAUCCUGUCCUGUGUGACAAAUGAACUGCACCAAUUUUGAGGGUGACUCAGGAGUGUUUGAUCUUUAGUAAUAAGAAUGUCCUAGUAAAAACAUUUCAGUAGAUUAAGGUUUAAAAUCAAUACAAUUAAGGUGCAAGAAGACUGGGAACAAAUGUUCCACCCCAGCAGUUAAUCAGCAGGAGUGCAUUGUUAAUGAUUCUGCCCUCCCUAAAUACAUUUUAACAACAAAAAUCUUAAUUAUUUCUGCAAAAUACAGAAUUUAUUCCUAAUUCAGAAUUCUCGUGCACGUAACUUAUUUUGAAAUUGUCAGGAGAUGGCCGCAGAGACACUAAUUCUAGGAAAAGUCUGUCAAACAGUGGGACUUUUUAAGAAAAAUCCCAGCUAUUUAGUGAAGGUGCUUGAGGUGGGGGAGUUGUGUGUGUAACUUCUGUGUCUGCAACGUCCACGAAACACCUGGGACCCCCCUGGGGGAGAAACUGCUUCCUGCUGAGUCCCUGCUCCUUCCAUUGCACUCCAACCCAGGGGUGUAGGAACUGGCAAGUCCCCUCUGCCCAUUUCAUCUGCUCUUUAGUUUCCUUGGAGAAGUUAAAAGGGAGAAGAGGUGUUUCAUACAGGCUGUUGACUCUCCCUCUACUUAAAAUAUAUUACUUGUAUAUUCAGUUUAAUUACUCAUUUUUUCUAUUACUGAACGAAGACUUAACAAAGGGAAAAAAAAAAAACCAACAGCAAUAACAUUCAUAUCUAUGGAGCAGCUAACUAGUAUACAGAAUAUUCUGCUUUUCAAACAGAACUAGCCAAUGUAAAAAAAAAAAAAAAAAAAAAAAAAAAAAAAAAAAAAAAAA